UUUCUUCUCCUCCUUUCCUUGCUUUUGCUUUCUGCAACUCGACUUUUAUUUGCAAACAGUUAUUUCCAUCCACACACCCCCACCCCGCUCCUCCACCUCCCCUCCUUCCCUCCCAAUUCCCCCCCACUCCUCCCCCCCCCCCAUUUCCACCUCCACGUCGCUGAUGCCUGGGCAAGCAGCAGGCUCAGGACGGCUCAGUUAGCAGCAGCAUGUCUCGGCGGAAGCAAGCCAAGCCCCAGCAUCUCAAAUCGGACCAGGAGCUGCAAGCCGAGGUAGUUUCCGAGCACGCAGUCCCAGGAGAAGGAGCGGAUGACGGCGACAGCGGCAACGAGAGCCGGAGCGGGAGCGAGGAGACCAACGUCUGCGAGAAAUGCUGCGCCGAGUUCUUCAAGUGGACGGACUUCCUGGAGCACAAGAAGAGCUGCACCAAAAACCCCCUGGUGCUGAUCGUCAGCGAGGAUGAGGCGGCGCCGCCGCCCGCCGAGGAGUUCCCCGAGCCCUCGCCCGCCAGCUCCCCCAGCGAGCAGGCGGAGAGCGAAGCCGCCGAGGACGGCGCCCAGGCGGAGGCCAACGACGGCUCCGAGGUGAAGGCGGCGGAGAAGGAAGAAGAGCCGAUGGAGGUAGAAACGCCCGCGGAGAAGGGUUUCCAGAAUCAGGGCACCUCAACUACAGCUACUCCUCUACCUCAGCUCCCCGAGCCACCUCCCGUGACGAGCUACGCCAUGCCAAACACCAACGUCACGCUGGAGACCCUGCUGAGCACCAAGGUGGCGGUGGCGCAGUUCUCGCAGACGGCCCGGAGCGCGGUCUCGGCCGGCGUGGGCGGCGGGGUGGCGGCGGUGGCCAUCCCCAUGAUCCUGGAGCAGCUGAUGGCCCUGCAGCAGCAGCAGAUCCACCAGCUGCAGCUGAUCGAGCAGAUCCGCAGCCAAGUGGCGAUGAUGAACCGCCAGCCGCUGCGGGCCACCCUCAGCACGGUGAUGGCCGCCCAGAGCGGGGCCGGGCAGGCGGCCAGCCAGCUGCAGGGCUUCGCCGCCAGCGCCGCCGUCCAGCUGACCGCCGUCAUCCCCCCGGCCAUGGUGGGGCAGGCCGUCAGCGCCCAGGCCGCCGCCUUCGACGGCUCCCAGCACCUCACCAGGUCCACGUCAGGAGCCAGCACCCCCAACGUCUCCGGCGGGGGCUCCUCCGCCCCGCCCGACCCCAGCCUCCCUUCCUCUUCCUCCUCCUCUGGCGCCGUCGUGUCCGUGACGCCCGCGGCCGCCUCCGGCGCCCCCAACGGUGCCGUGCAGCCCCAGAGCACCCCGACCCCGCCUUCGCUGGGGGCCCACGGGAGCCUGGCCUCGGUGUCCAGCCUGCCAAACCCACUUCUACCUCAGACCUCCUCCAACAGCAGCGUGAUCUUCCCCAACCCGCUGGUGAGCAUCGCCGCCACGGCCAACGCGCUGGACCCGCUCUCCGCCCUGAUGAAGCACCGCAAGGGCAAGCCCCCCAACGUGUCGGUGUUCGAGCCCAAGGCCAGCUCCGAGGACCCCUUCUUCAAGCAUAAGUGCAGGUUCUGUGCCAAGGUCUUCGGCAGCGACAGCGCCCUGCAGAUCCACCUGCGCUCGCACACCGGGGAGCGGCCCUUCAAGUGCAACAUCUGCGGGAACCGCUUCUCCACCAAGGGCAACCUGAAAGUCCACUUCCAGAGGCACAAAGAGAAGUACCCCCACAUCCAGAUGAACCCCUACCCCGUUCCGGAAUACCUCGACAACGUGCCCACCUGCUCCGGCAUCCCCUACGGGAUGUCGCUGCCCCCCGAGAAGCCGGUCACCACCUGGCUGGACAGCAAACCCGUCCUGCCCACCGUCCCCACGUCCAUCGGCCUCCAGCUGCCCCCCACCCUCCCCGGCGUGAACAGCUACGGAGACUCCCCCAGCAUCACCCCCAUGAGCAGGUCACCCCAGAGGCCUUCUCCCGCCUCCAGCGAAUGCACUUCUCUCUCCCCCAGCCUCAACGCCUCCGAGCCGGGCGCGCCGGCCUCCGCCGAGUCCCCGCAGCCCGCCCAGGGCGGCUCCUCCUCUCUGCCCAAGGGGGAAGCUGUCACCCUGCCGGCGGCGGGCACGCGGCUGGGGGACCUGGGGCAGGCCUCCGCCGCCGCCUCCGCCUCCUCGGUCCCCGGGGCCGCCGCGGACAGCGGGGCGGCGCCGAGCCUGCCCACCCCUGUGCUUCCGGCGGCCCCCGACCAGUUCAAGGCCAAGUUCCCCUUCGGCGGCCUGCUAGACUCUAUGCAAACCUCCGAGACCUCCAAGCUGCAGCAGCUGGUGGAGAACAUCGACAAGAAGAUGACGGACCCCAACCAGUGCGUCAUCUGCCACCGCGUGCUGAGCUGCCAGAGCGCCCUCAAGAUGCAUUACCGGACGCACACCGGGGAGAGGCCCUUCAAGUGCAAGAUCUGCGGCCGGGCCUUCACCACGAAAGGCAACCUCAAGACCCACUUCGGCGUCCACCGCGCCAAGCCGCCGCUGAGGGUCCAGCACUCCUGCCCCAUCUGCCAGAAGAAGUUCACCAACGCCGUGGUCCUCCAGCAGCACAUCCGGAUGCACAUGGGGGGCCAGAUCCCCAACACGCCGCUGCCGGAGGGCUUCCAGGACGCCAUGGACUCGGAGCUCUCCUACGACGAGAAGAACCUCGACGCCCUGAGCAACUUCGAUGAGGACCUCGACGAGAACUCGAUGGAGGAGGACCCGGAGCUGAAGGACGCGGCCAGCCCCUCCAAGCCCCUCAUAUCCUACUCCGGGUCCUGCCCUUCCUCGCCGCCGUCCGUGAUCUCCAGCAUCGCCGCCCUGGAGAACCAGAUGAAGAUGAUCGACUCCGUCAUGAACUGCCAGCAGCUGGCCGGCUUGAAAGCCAUGGAGAACGGCUCGGGGGAGAGCGACCACCUGAGCAACGACUCCUCGUCGGCCGUGGGCGACCUGGAGAGCCAGAGCGCGGGCAGCCCUGCCAUGUCCGAGUCCUCUUCCUCCAUGCAAGCUUUGUCUCCCGUCCACAGCAACAGCGAGAGCUUCAGAUCCAAGUCCCCGGGGCUCGGCACCCAGGAGGAGCCGCCGGAGAUCCAGCUCAAGACGGAGAAGCCGGACAGCCCCCCGCCCGCCAGCGAAAACGGAGGCGCCUUGGACCUGACCUCCGCCACCGCCACCGCCGCCACCCCCAUCCUCGGCACCCCCGGCAGGCCGGCGAUCAAAGAGGAGGCUCCCUUUAGCCUGCUGUUCCUGAGCAGAGAGCGUGGUCCCAGCCAAAGCACUCCUAGCCUGGUCACCAGCACCGCACCCACCACCAUCAAAGUGGAAGUGAACGGCCACGGCAAGCCCAUCUCUUUGGGCGAGGUCGCCUCGCUCCCAGCCGGAAUCCAGGUUCCCGCUGCGCCACAGACAGUGAUGAGCCCGGGGAUCGCCCCCAUGCUGGCGCCCCCCCCUCGCCGGACCCCCAAGCAGCACAACUGUCAGUCGUGUGGGAAGACCUUCUCCUCAGCCAGCGCGCUGCAGAUACACGAGCGCACCCACACCGGUGAAAAACCCUUUGGUUGCACAAUCUGUGGUAGAGCUUUUACCACAAAGGGGAACCUGAAGGUUCACAUGGGGACCCACAUGUGGAAUAACGCCCCUGCCCGCCGGGGCCGCCGCCUCUCGGUGGAGAACCCGAUGGCCCUGCUGGGCGGCGACGCCCUCAAGUUCUCCGAGAUGUUCCAGAAGGACCUGGCGGCGCGGGCCAUGAACGUGGACCCCAGCUUCUGGAACCAGUACGCCGCGGCCAUCACCAACGGCCUGGCCAUGAAGAACAACGAGAUCUCUGUCAUACAGAACGGGGGCAUCCCCCAGCUGCCCGGCAGCCUGGCCGGCGGCGCCAUCCCCGCCCUGGGCAGCCUGGCCGGCGGCAUGGACAAAGCUCGCACCGGCGGCAGCCCUCCCCUCGUCAGCCUGGACAAAGGCAGCCCCGAGACGGGAGCCAGCCGCCCCUUCACCAGGUUCAUCGAGGACAACAAGGAGAUUGGCAUCAAUUAAACACCUCCACACCACCCCCCACCCACCCACCACCACCCCACCAGUGACUGUGGGACCUCUCCUCCACAUGGCGCUGGUCCUGUUCCGAGUCCAGCUGCCCAAGCUGGUCCUGUUCU